ACUACAAAAAUAAACUUUCGUCUAGAUUGACCUUAAUUUCUGACUAUUAAAGUCAAGAAAACAAUGAUAAGGCUCAGGAAAUGAGUUCCUUAAAAAACCCUUUUGCCUUUUAAAGGCCUUCGCACAAAACAAACUAAAUCAGUGAAUUUUUAUGCCACAGAGUUUCAUUUUAUAUUAUGAUUUUUCUUACUUCAGUUCUUAUAAAAAUGCUGCAUAUAUGAAAUACGAAUUAGAAGAAAUUUGACUCCCUGAUUCAAAGCCUUGAAAUUGGGUCUUUCUCUUUAAAACCUCUUUCUGAAGCUCCGCCUCCAGGAAGUCAUCCCAACAUGGCUCCUCUUUAACCCUUUAAUGAUUUAAUCAACAUUGCUCUGAGCAGCAGCUCCUCCAACGAGCUCAGCAGCUAAUUGGUGCUGGCUAGUCUGAAGGAGCUGAGUGGGGGAGGAGCUGUGCCUUGGAGGCGGGGCUAGGUCCAUCCAUUCGUACUGCAGCUGAAUGGUUGCCAUGGAGACUAAAGGAUUUCUCAACCAUGUAUGAAAGAAUCAACACUGCAGGUUUGUGUUUGAUGAGGAAAACAUUAAAACAUGAUGCAAAGAUGAUAAAACUUCAUUUUACUUGAUUCUGGCCCUUUAAGAACCAGCAGCUCACCGGCCUGCAGACUCCCACUAAACCAGACUUAAAGGUUGAAUCGUUCAGUUUUGUGCAGAACAAUGUUUCCUCUGCUGCCAUGUUUGAGUCUCUUCUCCUCUGUCUCAGGUCUGUCCGAGUCCAUCCUGCAGGCCAUGCGGCGCAGCCGGCGCCUCCUCUUCGUCCUCAGUCCAGACCUCCUGGCGGAGAAGAGCUUCAGCCUGCUGGAGUGCCGUCUGGGUCUGUACCUGCAGCGCGGCCAGCGGGCCUCCAUCCUGGCCGUGGUCUGCCGCUCCGUCACCAAGCUGCCCUGCGAAGAGGCGGUCCAGCUCCGCCGCGCCGCCAUCUGCACCGCCACCUGGAGGGGGCGCCGGUCCGAACCGCGGCGCUCCCGGUUCUGGCUGCGGCUGCGGCUGGCGCUGCCGGUCCGGCCGCUCGCUCUGGGCCGGCGGCUCAUCGACAGCACGUCGUCGCACUCUGACCUGGCGGCGCUGGCUCUGCAGAGAGCUCAACGCAUCCGGAACCAGAACCGCAGGGACCGGGCCGGGCGGAGCCGCACGGGCCGCAGGGCUUCGGCCAAUCACAGAAAGACUCCGUCCAGAGGGAGGGGCGACGUCAGGAGGGAGGAGGGGCUGCAGCACAGCAGGAGGUGCUCGGGGUGCGCUGGGUUCAUGGGCCAGGUGGAGGACAGGCGGGCGGAGAUUAGAGGGGAGACCCAAAUCCAGCUACGCAACGGGACCGACGCCGUCUCAGAAACAGACUCCAUCAUCCCUGACCCCGCCCACACAGCACACAGCCACGCCCCAUCACCAAACCACGCCCACGAAAUUUAUGACCCCGCCUCCUCUGACCUCGCCCUCUCCGGCUGUCAGCAGGAAGUGGACACUUCCAGGACUUCAGAAGAAAAUCAGGCAGGCGAAAAGGGGGAGGAGCUUAUGUUUGAGAUGGCGCCAACCGCGCCCCCAACAGAAAACCCCGCCUAGCCGUUCAUGUCUACGACGUGAAUUGUUCUCAGAUUGAAUCGGUGAACAUUUGGACUAAUCCGAAGGAGUGUGAUUAGUUUUUAUUGGGUUUAAUAGUUAACACUACUCUGGAUUUAACGGAAUCGUAACUGUUGCUGCAGCAUGUUAGAUUUGCUGAAACGUUUUACUGAGUUCUUUCUGCGUACUGGUUCUGAAUAAUUACUGCAUUUUAGCCUCAAAGAAACCAUCUCGGACAAAAUAUUCCUGAUUUUAGCAAUAUUAUGGAGGCAAAAGGAGAAAGUAAAUUUAAACAUUCUGACAUUAUUAGUAAAGUCUGUUUUUUUCAUAAACAUUUCAUAUACAAAUCUAAAGCAGUUGUCCUGCAUGGAUUUAACCAAGUCUUUUCUGGAAUCUGUCUUUCUUUUCAUGAUGUCAGCAGCUGCAGGAAUCUGCACAUAAACUCCUUUCUGUCUGAUACGGAGCUAAAUUAGGGUCCAUAAGUAGUGUUCAAAAACAAUUAUUGGAGUCUGAAAAAUAAUUUCUAAACUGAAAAAAGUUUCAAACUGAAAGAUAAUAAAUAAAUAAAAGCUGAACUUUUCAUGACGGAAAAGUUUUGAAACUGCUAGAUAUUUUUGAAACUGAUAAAAGUUUUGAAUCUGAAAGGUUUUAUGGUUCCAUAAAAAAAUUAAUUGGAAAGAUUUUACUGAAAAAUAAUUUUCACACGAGAAAAGUUCUUCAUAUUGGAAAGUUUAUUUUCAAUUUCAAAAUCCAUUUUUUUAAACAAACUUUGUGGCCAUAAUUUAGCUCCAUACAACUGAUAAUACAUGAGAUUUAUUCUGAGAAGCUGAACUUUAUGUAAUC